AUGCCACCCGGGGGCUUCUCUCCAUGUCACUCACUCCUUCUGACCGGACAAGCACCAAGCUCAACCGAGGACAUGGCACCAGCAAAGAAGGCCAAGAGAAAGGCAGCAGAAGGAGGAUCCUCCAAUGUCUUGUCCAUGUUUGACCAAACCCAGAUCCAGGAGUUCAAGGAGGCGUUCACAGUGAUUGAUCAGAACAGAGAUGGAAUCAUCGACAAGGAGGAUCUGAGAGACACUUUUGCAGCUAUGGGUCGCCUGAACGUGAAGAAUGAGGAACUCGAUGAGAUGAUCAAAGAGGCGUCCGGACCCAUCAACUUCACCGUCUUCCUGACCAUGUUCGGAGAGAAGCUCAAGGGUGCUGAUCCAGAGGACGUGAUCACUGGGGCAUUUAAGGUGCUUGAUCCUGAGGGUAAAGGGUCCAUCAAGAAGCAAUUCCUCGAGGAGCUCCUGACCACACAGUGUGACAGAUUCUCUGCAGAGGAGAUUAAGAACAUGUGGACAGCAUUUCCCCCUGAUGUAGCCGGUAACGUCGAUUACAAGAACAUCUGCUACGUCAUCACCCACGGAGAGGACAAAGACCAGGAGUAAAUGGAGCCGUCAGCCCUCUGGGGGGCGCUCUCAUACCCAGCGCUGAACCCCAAUUGCUGUAUAUUGCGUCUUAUUUUGUAAGCCCGACCCAUCAAAGACACAACUGUAAUUUAUUUCCUUCCUGGUCAGGAAGUGGCCCCACCUUGUUGCCCCAUUCUCGGUCUGAUCCCGCCCUCUGUGUCCCCAAUAUUUUCAAUGUCUUAAAGUUGGAACUUACGGAAACCUCAGGGGAAGAAAAGUCAAUAAAAUCUCAUUUUUAUUCUA